AUGGAAUACGAAUCCAUAUUUCCAUUAAGUCUAACUUCUCGAAAUCUCUUGAGAAUCUUAAGGCAGACACGUUGGAAACCAAUCGAAGUUACAUUUGUCUUCGAUUCGAGAAAGUUUCAGAUAUAUUUUGGAGAUUCGUCUGCCGAAAAUCUGAAAUUCUUUAGGUAUUUUCAGUAUCUAUUCAACCAAAACUUUGGGCUGAACUCUUCUGUCAGUUACGACCAAGGAUCCGACAUUUUCUCUACCAUCCAAGACUAUUUGAAUAGCAAUGUGAGACAGCUCAACAAAGUUUGCAAAGCUCGUACCAACUUCUAUCACUGCUUGGGACAGUCCUAUUACUCUUGUAUGAAUCUUCACACUCGUUUGGAAAGUAACAACACUGAUUCGUCGGACGGAUUUGACUACAUCAGAACAUUCCGUGGACUUGAGUGGGCUUGUGGAGGAGGAUUCCGUGAAGUGAUGAACCAAUGGAAUUGUCUUGAAAGCCUUCCAACUACGAAUGCCUAUCAAAACUGCAUGUCGUCAUUCAAACAAACAGUGUCAACGAACAACUUCUGCCCAUCCAUCCAACAAGCUGGAGAUUGUCUGAACAGAGUCUAUCGUAAUGGAUGUGACAAUUUGGAAGCCGGACAUUAUGGAUGUGAGAGCUUCCGUUACACUUUCUACAAAGCUUGUCCAGGACUUCAAUGUUCUAUGGGAAAUAACACUUUGAUUGCUUGA